AUGUCCCCAUAUCAACUGGUGUAUGGAAAAGCUUGUCAUUUACCACUGGAACUGGAACACAAAGCUCUCUGGGCUCUCAAGAUACUAAAUUUUGACAGCAUUGCUGCUGGUGCAAAGAGGAUCUUGCAGCUGCAAGAGAUGGAGGAAUUUAGAUCGCAAGCCUAUGAAAAUGCCAAGAUUUAUAAAGAAAAGGCGAAGAGAAGACAUGAUCUGCAUAUUGCACCCAGGAGUUUCGAAAAGGGGCAACAAGUACUCCUUUACAAUUCCAAAUUGAGACUGUUCCCAGGAAAACUCAAAUCAAGGUGGUCCGGACCUUUUCUUGUCACAAAAGUCUCGCCAUAUGGACACAUAGAAAUCAUGGAUGAAAGUUCAGAGAGGACUUUCACUGUGAACGGACAAAGGCUGAAGCAUUAUAUGGGCAACAUGGGGGAAAACCCCAGAGUAAAGUAUCAUCUCAAGUAA